AUGGCGCCGCGGGCCUGCGUGCAUGCGCAGCAGCGCAGCAGCUGGCUGGGCCUUGUGGGGCGCGGAGUCUGUCUGCUAACUGGAGGGGCUGUGGGGUUUAGUUUUUGCAAUCCGGAUGUCUCGACAGCUUACGAGGUUUUCCCGCUGCAGUCGCAGCAGCUGUACGUACACCUGGCCGCCCUGCGCCUGCAGCAGCAGCAGCAGCAGCAGCAGCAGCAGCAGCAGCAGCAGGAGGCGGUCCGCAGGCUCAAGGACCUCCACAGGUUCUUCCAGCAGCAGCAGGGCUACCUGUACUCGCGGCUCCUCCAGCUCACCGACAGCAGCAGCAGCAGCAGCAACAGCAGCAGCAGCAGCAGCAGCAGCAGCAGCAGCGAGACUCCGCCAGACUUUGUUGUUGUGAGCUCCUGGCUAACUCCUCAAGACUAUGCCAUGGCCUGGGCCAAAGCCACAGCCCUGGGGCUGCCGCAGCAGAUCCCGGGGGGCCCCCCAGGGGGGCCCCCCGGGGGCCCCCCGGGGGCCCCCCCUGGGGGCCCCCCACCCGCUGUGCUAUAUAAGAGGGUAGCAGAUGACUCCGAAUACUCCCCCACUGCCUAA